GGAACACAGUGUAAUUUGUUAGAUCAAGGUUAGUUACGUUUACGUACUAUUGGGAUGUAUCAGAACAUUGAUAGUGUGAAAAUAUUCGAGAAAUAUUUAGCACUAUUUUAUCAUUAACGCAUCUGUCUAUAAAUGAGUCUUGUCUGUCAUUCCAUCCGAGAAUAUUUUCCACUGAGGAACCUUCCUUUCGAUUAAAGGUUAAUCAUCAAUGCGACUUAGCGGUAAAUACAAGAUAAAAGACAUAAAAACCGAAUCUAAGUUAGAUUUAUGUAGCUUUGAAAGUUAGAAAAAAUUAUAAUGAGUAACAAAGAAAGAAGUGAUUUUCGAGCAGAACAAUGUACUAAGGUUAAAGAAGAACGAGAUAAAAAGCAAUCAGUGUCUUCACAGAGCGAUGAUUCUAAUACUAAGAAAACCAGACGUAAUGCAUGUAGCAAAGAUAAAAGAAAGAAGUCAAAACAUAGAAGUAGUUCAAGCAAUUCAAGUUCAUCCAGUAGUUCCAGUCGUGAAGCUAAACACCAAAACGAAAGAGAUAAAAGAAGCAAUAAAUGGGACAAAAGAUAUGAAAAUGGAGUCAGAUUGUACCAAAUGAAUGCAAGGGAAGGUAGAGGAUAUUAUAAAGGACGAAUGGGAUACAUGGAUAAUCGCAAACGUAACUUUAACUAUCGACCAUACAAACACCCUGGAUUUUAUGAUAGAAGUAGGAUGUAUAAUAAUUCACAGUAUCAUAAAUACAAUAAUGAAAGAAGGAAUAAUAGAUUUUCAAAUCACAGUAGCAGAAGGCCACUGUACAACAGAUCUAGAAGUACUAGCAGUCAGAACCAUGAUUAUCAGAGAGAUAUAAAAGAUUCCAGUGAGCAUUCAAGAGAAAGUAAUUCAAAAGAAAGGCAUUUAAAACGUUCUAACACUGAUAAACUAGAAUCAAAGAAAGGUAGUGCAGAUGACCCUUGUCAAAAAAGAAAAGACAAAAAAAGAGAAGAAGAUGUACAAGAAAAGACUGAACAUUCUACUCAUAAAAGGUUGAAAAGAAAAAGGUCUUUAUCUUCUUCAAGUUCUUCAAGUGUGAGCAGUACCAGUAGUGAUAGUAGCAGUAGUAGUAGUUCUAGCAGUACCAGCAGCAAUAGUAGUGACAGCAGUAGCAGUUCUAAUACUUCUGAGGAUGAAAGGAAACGCAAGAAAGCAAAGAGAAAAGCUAAGAAAUUGAAGAAAGUUAUGAAAAAACGUAGGAAGAAGAAAAGGAUGAAAAAAAAGUUAAAGAAGAAGCUAAAGAAGUCAUCUUCCAAAAAAAAGUCGCGCAACACUGAAAAGUCUAAGGAUAAUGUUUCUAAAGACGUUUCACAAGAAAUGUCAGAAAAAUCAAGAGCAAUGGCACCUAUGACGAAAGAAGAAUGGGAAAAAAAACAAGGUAUAAUACGCAGAGUUUAUGAUGAAGAAACUGGAAGAUAUAGAUUAAUUAAAGGCGACGGAGAAAUCUUAGAAGAAAUAGUUAGCAGAGAACGUCAUAAAGAGAUAAACAAACAAGCAACUAAAGGAGAUGGAGAAUACUUUCAGGCAUGCUUAAAAACUAAUGUUUUAUGA